ACAUUUUUAUUGUUGAUUUUAGUGUAAGAAUUGUUGUUUAAGAAAAAAAAGUUGUUAUCUUUUUGGAUUUUUAGGGUAUUGGGCGUUGUUUAGAUGAGAUUUGGAUUAGUUCAUUAUUUGUAAGAACCCUUAGUUUAAGAAAAAAACUUUAGGAUAGUUUAGAUUACUGGUGUUCUUUUUUAGGGUUCCCCAUUUUAUGAUAUUGGAUUAGUUCAAAUCUGUGAAAAGGUGGAAAAUUGAGAGUUGGGUAUUUUAAGGUUCUUAAAUGGAAGUAACAAAUCUGUGAAAAGGUGGAAAAUUGAGAAUUUGUGUCUAAAAUCUAAAUAUGGAGGACAAUGCAGCAGCUUUGCAUACCGCCAAGAAUGCGGUACAGGCAUUGGGUAAAGGGUUUGAUAUAAAUUUCGAUACAAGAUUGUUAUAUUGUAAGGGAGUUGCGGGGUCAAAAGUUGUGGAGAUUGAUGAAGAACAUAAAAGGGAUCUUUGGUUGUAUGAUAACUUGGUUGUGCCGGAUGUGUCGAGGGAUAUAGAGAAUUCUCAUGAACUGGUUAAUCGUAAUAGUUCCGGCGUUUGCAAUUAUUACGAGAUGGUAGAGUAUUUUAACAAGAGAGCUAACCUAGCAGGAAACGUUCCUCUUGGUAGCUUCAAUGCUGCCUUUAGCUUUACGGGUUCAAAACAGAUAGAUGCUGCAGCCACUAAAACCCUUUGUAUGGAUGGUCAUUUCAUCCCACUUUCUAAAUUCGAGCUCACAAAAUCCUCUUUAGUGUUGCAAGAAAGUGUGAAAAGAGCAGUCCCCAUAUCAUGGGACCCACCAGCCUUAGCGAGUUUUAUCGAGAAUUUUGGCACACAUGUUAUCACGUCAGUUACGAUUGGUGGUAAAAAUGUCAUAUAUGUCAAACAACAUCUGUCAUCACCUUUGUCUACUGCCGAAAUUAAAAACUAUGUUCAAGAUAUUGGAAAUCAAAGGUUCGCCAAUACCGAAAACCUUACUGACUCGGGUCUUUUGAGAUACAAGGAAAAGGGUGGUGAUCCCUCUUUGUUUAGUAGCCAAGGAAUAUACCCUCAACCGACAAACGCAUCCUCACUUAGUGGAAGUGCAAAGGAAGAUGUCACGGUUAUAUUCAGAAGAAGAGGAGGAGAUGAUUUAGAACAAAGUCAUACUAAAUGGGAAAAAACUGUGAAAUACUCCCCAGAUGUCAUUGGCAUGCAAUUCGUUCCCAUUGCUUCUCUUCUUGAAGGAUUACCUGGAAAGGAACAUUUGACUCGCGCUAUAAUUCUCUAUCUUGAAUACAAGCCUCAGAUUGAAGAGCUGAGAUACUUUCUCGAGUUCCAGGUGCCACGAGUAUGGGCCCCGUUACAAGAUCGGCUCCCAGGCCAUCAAAGAAAGGAACCUGUUUGUCCUUCCUUACAAUUUAGCAUGAUGGGCCAGAAGUUAUAUAUUUCUCAAGAUCAGAUAUCAGUGGGACGUAAACCUGUGACUGGCAUACGAUUAUUCUUAGAAGGUUUAAAGCAUAACCGAUUAAGCAUUCAUAUUCAACACUUGCAAUCCCUUCCAAAAAUCCUCCGUCCUUAUUGGGACACACAUGUAGCGAUAGGUGCCCCAAAAUGGCUAGGACCAGAGGAGCAGGACAGUCGAUGGUUCGAGCCAGUGAAGUGGAAAAACUUCUCUCACGUCAGCACUGCCCCAAUUGAGAGCCCUGAAGCCUUUAUCGGUGACAUGUGUGGUGUACAUAUCGUCACCGGAGCUCAGCUUGGUGUGUGGGAUUUUGGUUCAAGAAAUGUUUUAUACAUGAAACUUUUAUAUUCCCGGCUGCCGGGUUGUACCGUUAGAAGGUCUUUAUGGGACCACUCUCCAAACGAUAAGUCAAAACGGUCAACUGGUCAUGGAAAUAGUGUCGGUGAUUCAAGUUCCGGUUCAGUAAGUAAUAAUAAGUUGGCAAAAUUUGUCGAUAUGACAGAGAUGAGUAAGGGACCGGCUGACCCACCGGGUCAUUGGGUGGUUACAGGAGGUAAACUUGGGGUGGAGAAAGGGAAAAUUGUAUUGAGACUCAAGUAUUCUCUGUUAAACUAUUGAGUGUGGUUAUAUUUGGUAAAACUGUGUAAUCUGGUACCGGGCCGAGUCUGGCCAAGUUGGUCGGGCUGGGUCAUGGGUGUAUCGUUUUUGACUUUCUUCUAGUUUUGUUAGGAACGUUUUAAAUUUUGUAGAAAAUUUCCGAAAUAUAUUUGUUUCAUAAAUUUAAUGUUACAUAUGUAUGGCUGAUUUGUGUAUUA